AUGCAGAUCUCCGCCCUCCUCUCCGUCGUCGCCUUCUCGGCCGCCGCCCUCGCCCAGCCCAUCUCCAUGGCCGCCAACGCCGCCGAGUGGACAAUCACGAGCCUGUCGCGGACCUGCGACGCGGCGGACACCGUGUGCGACUGGACCUUCGGCAUCAACAACGGGUCCGCCGCCACGGCCGUCAAGUACACCGUCAAGGCUUCCGGCGGCAAGCCCGCUAGCAAGGCCCCCGGCGGCCCCGUCACCGUCGGCCCCUACACCAUCACCAGCCAGUGGAGCGACCAGUUCGGCGCCGACAAAGGCUUCACCACCUUCGCCGUCGUGGACAACGCCAAGCGCUUGAUUGCGUACCCCGGCUACGACGACGCCGCGGUCAAGAGCGGCAAAGCCGUCUCCCCCGACCGCAGCUAUCCCGUCCAGAACCUGCCUUAA